UCUUCCUUUUCCUCUCCCUCUUCUUCUCUUCAAUCACACUCAUCAUCUUCAUCAAAACAAAAACAAGCAAAAGAACCUUAAUAAAACUCCCACCAGGUCCAAAGAAGUUCCCAAUCAUUGGAAACCUCAACCAACUUGGCCCUCUCCCCCACCACUCUCUCCACAAACUCGCCGCCGAGCAUGGCCCUCUCAUGCACAUCCAGCUCGGCCAAAUCCCAACCAUCAUCGUCUCCUCCCCAGAACUAGCCUCUCAAAUACUCAAAACCCAUGAUCAUGUGUUUUGCAACCGACCUUCAACACCAGCCUUCUUGAAGUUCACCUACGGCGGCCUCGACAUCGCCGCCUCAAAGCACGGCGACCAUUGGAGACAACUGAGAAAGUUCUGCAUGUUAGAGCUCUUUAGUAAGAAGAGAGUGCAGUCCUUUAAGAAAGUAAGAGAAGAUGAAGUUCAUGUCUUGAUCCAAAGUAUAAGACAUUCUUGCUCUCAAGAUGAAAAUCAACUGGUGAAUCUAAGUGAGAUGCUUUUGUGCAUGAGUAAUAAUAUCACAGGAAGACAAACUUUUGGCAAGAGAUUUUCUAAAGAGGGAGAGUGUAAUAGAAGUGAGCUCCAUGAUCUUAUGAGGGAGACCCUUGAGAUGGUUGGUGAGUUAUCUAUUGGAGAUUUCUUCCCUUCUUUGCAGUACUUGAUCAAUGUGGUCACUGGGUUUCAUGGAAAGCUUGAGAGGAGCUUCAAAAAGGUUGAUGAACUCUGGGAAAAAGAGAUUGAAAGGCAUUGUUUGCAUUUGAGUAGUACUGAUGAUCAUGAACAUGAAGAAGAAAGAGAAGAAAACUUUCUUGAUGUGUUGCUUAAGUUACACAAGGAUUCUACUGAUAAUCUUGGCUUUUCUUUCACAAAGGAUCAUGUCAAAGCUAUUCUCGGGGAUAUGUUUUUUGCGGGUACUGAAACAACUGCAGCGACUUUAGAGUGGGCAUUAUCUGAACUUAUGAGAAACCCAAGAGUGAUGAAGAAAGUAAAAGAUGAAGUGCAAAGAGUUACAGGGAUAAAAGAGAAAGUGGAGGAAAGAGAUGUUCAAGGAAUGGGAUACCUUAAGUUGGUAAUAAAUGAAACAUUAAGGUUACAUCCACUAGGCCCUCUACUUAUCCCUCGAGAAAGUGUGAAAGAGUGCAUGAUUGAUGGUUAUGAUAUUCCACCGACGACAAGAGCCUUUGUGAAUGCAUGGGCAAUAAUGAGAGAUCCGAAUUUAUGGGAAGAUCCUGAAAUCUUUUUCCCGGAAAGAUUUGAGGGGAGUGCCAUCAACUAUAAAGGCCGUCACUUUCAAUUCAUACCAUUUGGUUCUGGUUUGAGGAUGUGUCCCGGAUGGCCAUUAUCAAUAGCUAAUAUUAAUAUUGCACUGGCAAAUUUAUUAUAUUUUUUUAAUUGGAAGCUACCCGAAGGGAAAUCCGAAAUAGAUGUUGAUAUGACGGAAUCUUUUGGAAUUAGUGUUCACAAGAAAUUACCGCUUAUACUAAUGGCAACUUCAACCUAAGCAUGUUUCAAAAAAUAAAUAAAAAAUAAAAUAAUCACAUGCAUUUGUAUGUAUCGAAAAACUUCGUAUUCAUGUAAUCAUGUUAUGUUCUUCUAAGAAUAAAUGCUAUUUUUGUU